CCAGAAGCGGGCUAAGAUAGCACCAGAACCACCGGAACUAUUGAACUCAUACACUUUUAUUUUGACCCCACAAUACUUAGGAAACAUGCGCGCACACACACACACACAGUAGCUCAUCAAAUAAAACCUUUUAAUUUGAAGUCUACUCUCAGAUGAAAAUUUGCAGGAGUUUACUGCAGAGAAUUUGCAUAACCAAUCACAUUUUCAGUCGAAAAUGUGCUGUUGUGGGGCAGACGAGUAACCCAGACCUUGGAUACAGCUCUAAAAGAAAGCCUGCUGCAAAUCGGGCGGGGCAAUACGAACGCUUCCUACUCCGAGUUCCUGGCCAUCAAAUAUCACGAAUUUAUUGACGUUAAUUAAUUAAAAAAAAAUUCCGUUCGGGCUCUUGAGUUGCAAAAACAUGCCCGAAGCACCUUCGACUGAUUGAGGAAGAGAGUCCCCGCUCGCGCGCGUCACGUCACAAACAUAAAACAACGACCUCCGCUAAAAAGUUGGUGAGAAUCCUCUUCCGGUUCGUCGCUGUGGCAAUUCGCAGAGCGGCCGGUUGUCAUGGACACUCGGCAGAGCGCGGUCGUCGCUGCAAACGGGAGCUCCUCUCACCAUGACCCAGAGAUUGGCAUUGCAAGUUUUUGAGCAGUACCAGAAGGCCAGAACACACUUUGUACAAACAAUUGCGGAACUUGCCACAAGGCCACAAAAUAUUGAAACUCUGCAAAAUGCAGGUGUGAUGUCUCUUUUGAGGCCCCUCUUACUAGAUGUAGUUCCAAGUAUUCAGCAGACAGCAGCAUUGGCACUGGGACGUCUAGCCAAUUACAAUGAUGAUCUGGCUGAGGCUGUUGUUAAGGGAGACAUUCUUCCACAGCUGGUGUAUUCACUAGCAGAACAAAAUCGUUUUUACAAGAAAGCUGCAGCUUUUGUGUUGAGGGCCGUGGCCAAACAUUCUCCUCAAUUAGCCCAGGCUGUGGUGGAUUGUGGGGCAGUGGAUGCCCUGGUGAUCUGUUUGGAAGAGUUUGAUCCUGGAGUGAAGGAAGCAGCAGCUUGGGCACUGGGAUAUGUUGCACGCCACAAUGCAGAACUGUCGCAGGCAGUAGUGGACGCUGGAGCUGUUCCUCUCCUGGUUCUUUGUAUCCAGGAGCCAGAGGUGCCACUGAAAAGGAUUGCAGCUUCUGCACUUAGUGAUAUCGCAAAACAAUCACCAGAGCUGGCUCAAACUGUGGUGGAUGCAGGGUCUAUUGCUCAUCUAGCUCAGAUGAUCCUGAACCCUGAUGCCAAACUGAAGCGUCAGGUGUUUUCAGCUCUUGGUCAGAUUUCAAAGCAUUCUGUAGAUUUGGCAGAAAUGGUUGUGGAAGCCGAAAUUUUUCCAUCUGUUCUAACAUGUCUAAAGGACCCAGAUGAAUUUGUGAAAAAAAAUGUUGCAACACUAAUGCGGGAAAUUGCCAAACACACUCCUGAGCUGUCUCAGCUUAUUGUUAAUACAGGAGGUGUGGCUGCUGUCAUUGAUUAUAUCGGUGAUUCUAAAAGUAAUGUCAGGCUGCCUGGUAUUAUGAUGCUUGGCUAUGUGGCUGCUCACUCAGAGAACCUGGCAAUGGCAGUGAUUGUCUCCAAGGGGGUGGCUCAGCUGGCUAUCUGCCUGUCAGAAGAACCAGAAGACCACAUUAAGGCAGCAUCUGCUUGGGCCCUGGGGCAGAUAGGAAGACACACUCCAGAGCAUGCUCGUGCUGUUGCUGUGGCAAAUGUUCUGCCAAAGCUCCUUGCACUCUACAUGCAGACUGGAAGCUCUGAAGACCUUCAGAUUAAGGCUAAAAAGGCAUUGAAGAACAUCCUGCAGAAAUGCACUUAUCUGCCAGCUCUCGAUCCUCUACUGCAUGAUGCACCUCCCAAUGUACUUAAGCAUGUAGUUGGGCAGUACAGUAAGGUACUACCACACGACACUAAAGCCCGUCGUCUAUUUGUCACAAGUGGUGGACUGAAGAAGAUUCAAGAGAUUAAAGCUGAACCUGGUUCAGUUAUGCAGGAGUACAUUAAUGGCAUUAACAACUGUUAUCCAGAAGAAAUUGUCAGAUACUACUCACCUGGAUAUUCUGAUGCAUUGCUGGAAAGAGUUGAAAACUACCAACCAGCUCUUUAAGAAAUAUUGUGGGUGGUCUUUUUUUUUGCCAAAGUUUUUGUUGGUUUUAAACCAGGAAGUCUCUACUAACUUUUCUAAAAUAUUUUGUAGUAAGCAUUAAAUUAUGGCCCAAGUCUCCAUCCAAAUUCUUUGAUCAAUUUCAGUUGAUUUUGUUAAUAAUUUUGCUGGAACAGAAGGACCUCUUUGAUGAACAUGUUUCGUUUGCAUUUCGGUGCAUUAUCUUCUUUUAAUAGCGGUUAGUACUCCGAAGCCUCUUACAGACCAAAAACAUUGCAUUUUUCACCGAAACGAUGUCUAAAUUAUGCGAGUGGUUGGCAAGGCUGUGGAUUUUCAGCGAUCUUUCCUAAAGCCCAAUUUCAGUGGCCAUAAAAGCUGCUUUUGUAUUCUAUAAUAUGAAAAUAUAAACUCGUAUUUGCGACACUCAGAAACUCUGUGUGACACCAAUAAAUGCGGUGACUUGGGUUUGAAGUGAAAGGUUUGUGUGGAAUCAUUACUAAU